AGUACCGGGAAUCAUCCGAGGAACUGGACAGCAAACACCUCAAUGUCUUUGGUGGAAUAUUUAAACGCGACUAAAUACGACAAGACUGUCAGGCCGAAGUUCGGAUCAGGUGAGAAAAGUCGCGGUAGGUUGACAGGCUACCUUUAAUUACACCUGAAAAAAAGUCAGGGAAAAUAAUAAAAUGAAGAUGACAAGAGGAAGUUGGAGAAGGAACAAAAGAUACAGUAGUUUUCAAUUGAUAUCCUUGCAUAGCCAGUGGACGGAUCUAAGACUCGGCCGAACCACUCCUUUUUCUGUGAAAUUUUGUAUCUUUUUAAAGAAUUCUAACUAAAAUAAAUUAAUACAUGUAGUAUUUUAUAUGGCUGGCAAGUGUCCCGGCUCCCCCUUUCUGAAUUUUUCUGUGGAUCCGCCCCUGUAGGCAGCCGCGUAUGUUAUAAAGAAGCAUGCUAUGGUAAGCCGUAAGAAAAUCACGGUUAUAUAAUUCUCUUUUGGCUCUACCACUAAAGUAUCGCAGUUGCUUUUUUUACGUUUUUAUCAUUAUGUUUUGUCAAUAAUAGGAAAACCCACGGAGGUUUUUCUCGACCUGUACGUGGAGACAUUUGGAAAUAUCAAAGAAGUAAAUAUGGUAAGACCAGCCAGGAGCAAAUAGCUAAAAUAUUAAUGUUUUUUUGCCAGCUCUGCGUCGAUCUGUGGGGAGGAAGAAAACGGAGACGCAGAAAACAAAAAAUUUGAUAGAGAUUUUUCCACAUUUAAAUGAUAAAUUUUGCUGAGCUAAACAAAGAGCUGGAAAAAAAGGAAUAUAUAGAAAAGCUGUACCAAGUUUUUGGUAUUUACUUCGUGUACUGGACACAGAUGACUUAAAACAAAAGAAAAAAAACCAUGCCGGAAACAGUACCAAACAGAUUUUACCCUGAACAGAAAACAAAGAGGUCUUUUGUUUUACGUCAUCUGUGUCCGGUACACGCAGUAAAGGCAAAGUUUUUGUUAUCCAAUUUAAUGGGUUCUGUCACGGAAUUUUACUUGUCGUAUUGUAAUUAUGAGAAGUACCAUAGGACAGGUAGACUAAAAAUGAAUUAGCGCUUUGAAAAGAAUCAAUUCAGUAAUCUGAAAAAGAAUAUCAUAGCCAGGGGCGUAGCCAGUCAUUUUGCUCCUUUUUAUGCCCAAGCUUUAGAACUGCAAGGGCGAAAAACCAAGAAAACCGUAAAUAGAUUAGUGUAUGCUUCAAAUAAUUUGCUAAAGGACUAAAUUUUUUAGUUUCAACAGAAAAGACCUGUCGUUUUCUCGUUUUUUUAGGAAUUCCCUGUUUUUAUGUAUUUUCGUCAAAUGUGGUAUGAUAAACGCAUCUCUGAAUAUGUGAACUCAAGUGUCAGCCUUCAGCGCGAUGAGAUCAAGUCUCUAUGGUUUCCAGACACCUUCUGUUAUAACGCGAAGAAAUCUGACCUCAUGCUCCCAGAUACGGAGGUCCAUAGCGUGAUUAGGAUUGAUCCAGAUGGCCUUGUGUUUUACAGCAGGAGGUUAGUUCUGCCCUACCAAACCUUUCUAGUGAUUUUUAAAAAGAGCGUUAGGGUAACCUCGUUCCCAAGAUUCUCUGCUAUCUGUCGGGUAGGAGAGAACCCAGUAUAUAUAAUGUAUAGAAAAGUUGAGAUGAAUUCUGGGCUAAUUAUUUGUCUAUAAUUUAAAAUGCGUGUCCACAGGUAUUAUUUUGCUUAUAAAAAUGGCGUGCACACAAAAUUCAAUACCGAAGAGCAGUUGCGCGUCUACGUGACUCGACCUGAAUCUCAUGACUUGCCAUCAUCAGUUCAUUCAGUUUAUAACCAGUGAGCCGAUGAAACCAUUGACACUGGGACCAAGUCCAUUGUGAAGUCAUAUGUUCGCAUGAAUUCACCACUUUAGAUACGGGAAAAAGACUGGGUCGAGUUAGCUCUCGCAAAGGCCUCUGGGACUGUUAACAACAACAAAAAAAAAACUAGCCAAUAGCUUAUCAGCGCGUCCCCAGCAACCAUCCCAGAAACAAUUGUGGGACGCAUCUCGACUCCAGUUCCCCUCUCUUUUCUCAAGUAGCGAAUUGUAGCAGCCAGGAUACUUAAGAGACAAAAGCGCUUUAUUUAAUCGGGGUUGAUACUUUGAAGGUAAAAAAAAAAACACACUUACAGUUACCCAUCGAUAUUUUUCGCCUUGUUAGUUCGCAGAUUGUUGCCUCGUGCGAAAUGGACCUACUUGACUUUCCUAUGGACACACAGCUUUGCAAACUAACGUUCGGAAGUUGUAAGUUUAUGUUUCCUCAUUCUUUCCUCGAACAUGGUAUGCGUUGCGUGCCUGGCUAUUAAAUAAAAGGUCAUUUUGUGAAGUACAAGGCAUAUUGACUGAAUAGCUAAUUGAAAUACGAAGAAGGAUGUUCAAUAAGUUAUUCAAGCACAAAGGUGUACAGGCACCCCUGACAUUAAGCAUGGUUUUCCUUGAUGAAUGCCGCGUCAGAGAGGAAAUUAAAGUUACCGAUCGAAAACUUGGCAUUUCGGGAAGGCUUUGCCAUGGGAAGAGAUUGUCAGAGUAGGAGGUCUUCUGUUUUAGAUACUGACCAUGUGUUUGGUCAAAAAAGAAGAGUGAAGAAGAACCAGGCCGAGAUUGGUGAGCAGAUAAGAUUGAUCCAUCUUGUCUUGGGCUUAGGUGCUGAACAGAGUUCUGGAUUUGCUUCAUCUUAAAUGAACGUGGCUUCCUUAUGGGACUUCAUCAUCCUUCACGGGGGCAAAGGAUACAUAUUCUUUCCAUUUUGCCUUUCUGUCCUGUCAUAGCCCAUAGUUAGCACCAACUUAAAACAUGGUCGAAGGGGAAGGACAAAAUACCAUCAUAAGAACCGAUCGACAUAUCCAAGGACAUCUCUACAGAGACAGGAGCGUGCCAUUUAACUGUCCUUGCGACUUAAAUCUUUAGAAAAUUUUGGCAAAAUGGCAAGUACCCAGCUUAACAAUUACGAAACAGAGUUAAAUUCUUGAAACAGAGUAUUAAGUAAAACAAGUCUUAAAGAAACCUGAUAAAACAGGAAGAAGGAAAUAGGGCUUUUUUAAAUAUCUGAAUACUUUGCAUUAGCAUCACAGCUCUUGAUCCAUUUAAUGCCGAGUUUUUUAUCCUCAGAUGGUCACCCAGACAGCGAUAUUCUUAUUAUUUGGCGGAAUUCCACUGUUGAAAUCGGCAACAAAGAAAUGGCCCAGUUUUCCGUUGGAGAUGCUACCUUGUCGACCAAAACUAACCAAUUUGUCAGCGGUGAGAGAACUUAUAUUAAUACUUUACUGGCCUGGGAGCAUACUUUAUAUGCAGUAUCUGCUGAAUAAGUUCUUUUGCAAAGUCAAAUUCAAAUUCAUUAUUUUCGUACGAGAUUCAUACUAUCAUUAAACCGUUAAACCCAGGGGGAUUAUUUAUUUUGAAAACAUUUGUUGGGGGGGGGGGGGUUAAUAACUACGGGGGACUUAUUUGAGAGCUUAUCUAAUUUAGCGAAGAUGGUGGUAUCAGUUCUCUAUAAAGAACUAUUUAUUUAUUUAUUUAUUUAUAACAACUUUAUUUGUAAUAAUCAAUACAAAAAGGCUGCCAUCAGGGAGGAACUGAAUCCUCAUGUAAGAUGACCCCCUAAAAAUAUCUACAAAGCUAUUAAGGAAAUAUAAGUCAGAUAAAACUAUUAUAAUGUAAGGAGAAAUGUAAAAGAUAUCACUAAAAUAUAUUUAAUGGAGUUAUUAAAAAUUAUCUAAUUAUCAAAUUAAAUAUGCAAUCGCAGCAAGUUUAUGUUCAUUACUUACUAGUUAAAAAGUGUUCUCUUAAGCCCUUUUUAAAUUUUGACAAUGAAUCGGCACAUAUUAGAGAAUCUGGUAACGAGUUCCAUUUAUCUAUAUAUCUAUGCCAGAAAGAGAAUUUUAAAAUAUUAGAAAGAGAAUUUUAAAAUAUUAAAAAUUUUAAAAAUAUUUAAAAAUAUUUUAAAGUAUUAGAAUACAGAGUGGAAAAGCUCGAGUACAAGAAGUUGGAGGUCAUGCAGCCGAGGAUCAUAACCAAAUCCGAACUUCCAACACGCAAGUAAACCAUCCCGGAUCAGUCUAAAUGAAGUUUUACAAUGGUGUUUUAUUAAUAGAGCAAUUUUCAAUUGAGUGUUGAAAGUAAUCCAGGAUUGAAUUGGUUUUGCUUUACUGUGCUGUUUUAUUGGUCUAGAAAACUCGCGCCACCCUCUCAGCCAAUCAGAUGUAAACUAAAACCAAUCGCUCCUUGGUCACUCGCGUUUUCCCGCGCUACAGGCCGGUUACACGCGUUUACUUCGAGUUGUCAUUGGCUUCCUCUGAUAAUUUCCUUCACUCUGAUUGGCCGUUGUGAUUACUUUGGUUUUGGUCUUCGACACUCAAUUGAAAAGCGCUCUAGACUCUAUCAUUUAUCGGUGACGAAUAAUAAGGGGAGAAGGGUGGUGGGCUUAAAAGAGAGGAAGGGCCUUGAGUUUUUCCCCUGAAAAGGGGAGACUUAUUAGAGAGGAGAACUUAUUUGAGAGAGGGGUUUAAUGGAGGAUUGACGUUAUUCACAAACAUGCUAUUACCUUUCUCAUCUAGGGAACUUCACAUCGUUAACAGUCACCUUUCCUUUCAAGCGCCGCAUGGGGUAUUACAUCAUCCAGGUGUAUAUACCAUGUGUAUUUUUGGUCAUGCUCAGUUGGAUCGUGUUCUGGAUGAGACCAGAUGACAGCGCUAGUCGGUUAACCGUCGGAAUCACAACUAUUCUAACCAUUGUAUUCUUACUCGGCUACACAAAUGGAAUGCUUCCCAAGGUAUUUUAGCUAUAAGCUCUCCCUUUGUGUAAGCUUUUACUAGGCAUUAACAAAGAGAAAAUAGUCAGUGAAGAGAAGUCAACUCAUGCCUAUUUAUUUUUAAGAUUCUAUUUUUAGAAUCGGUACAGAUGUUUUCGCAAUUAUGUAUCUUUGUGUUAAAAUUACAUUUAAUUAUAUAAAUUAAGAUAGUUCUGGCAAUGCUUCUAGACUCCUUCUUGACGAGCAUAUGCUUUUGUGUAUUGAAAUGGUUUAAAAAGAAAACAACAAAACAUCUGACACCAAUGUAUAAAGGUAAUCUUCUGACCUCUUCGGAUAUGAUCGUGUCCUACGUAAAAUCCUGGCGCUCUCAUAAAACUUACUCCUUCGACUCCAAAAAAAAGGUGCAGACAAAUGUUUAACGAAUGGUAAAACAAAUUCUGAAGCUUGUUUUAAGGGGCCGCUUAGACGCUAACACCAAUAUUUGUUAAUAUGCUCUGUUUAUCCUAGUUUAAUUUUCGUGCGUAAGGGCUUCUUGUGCUCUUGUGCAAAGAGCACAUUUAGAAUCACUCCGUCUUCCUAUGUAGGUGAAUCCAAGCAGUCUUAAAUUCUGGAUUCCACGCUGUGGGUUGCGAAUUACAGCAUUUGAUAGUGGGAUAGACUGGAUUUCGGAUUCCCUGUCAGUAGAUCUUGGAUUCUGUUUUCCAAUCGUAAGCGGGAUUCCGGAUUUCUUGAAUUGUAUUCCGGAUUCUGAAGCCCAGGAUUCCUGAUUUUACAAGCUAAAAUUUUCCGGGUUCCGGAAUACUUAUUGCCUUACAUGGGGUGAUCUCUGGACUGUGUGUAUGUUCUAGGUGAGUUACGUCAAAGGAAUGGAUUGGUACCUUAUGGUUUGUUUUACGAUCAUUUUCCUGAGUCUAUUGGAGUGCAUUGUGGUGGAUAGACUGUGGAGAGCUAGUAGUGAAAAACAUCCAACGAAAAAGGGUCUGCAAAAAAGAAACAGGUGACGAGGGCAGAAAAGGUACGAUAAAUAAAAACACUUGCUAAUUUUAACCUUAGAACUAAUAUAAAUCAAUAAGUAAGGAUUAUAGACAAAUGGGCGACAAUUUUUCAUGGUUUAUAGAAAGCAUGUCAAAAUGUUUAAAUCUUAAGUGGAAAGUCCACUGCAAAACCUUCUACACUCUCUCUUAACGGACACCCCGCCAAUACUUGGGCUGACAAGGGCCUGUUUAUAUGAUGUGAGACAGUCCCGUCAGACGGGCUGGCCCACCUUACCGCCGGCAAGUAAUGCCUCUUUCCUUUUAGCAAUAUCUCGUUUCGCGUUUGUAUGAAAAGGCGCACGUUGGCUGAAUUGUCGAGAUCUCGGCAAGCCGGGUUGAAUAUAUAUUAUAUACAUGUAUAUGCUCUAGCCGCCACUUUGCCAGCCUAAAUGACUGUCGCAUGUGCAUGAAAAUUCAAGUCGAAAUUAUCCCGAUAUAAGACAGUGGCAGAAAAAUGCAAAAUCAUUUUAAUUCAGUGCCAAAAUGGUCACAUGACCAAUUCCAGUGCUGUUGCGGGCUGAUCAGCCCACCAACCCAAGGCUGGCUGCUCACCUCCAAAUCAAAAACAGGCCCCAAGACAAAGUGUUCCCGUCUUGGAGAGAAAGAGAGUGUACAAAUGUGUUUGCUGAAGAAAUAUUUACGUAAUGAAUAUGUUCUGGUCUUAAGUUUGAGAUAGUACCGACUUUGGCACAGCUCAUCAUCAUUUUCUUGACUUUCAACAUGAUGGGUUUAAAAAACGCGAAUUCUUAGUACGAUUCACUUUUUCCUUUAUUUUUGUGAUGCUAUUUUCACCCUAGGGCUCGACGAAGAACAGACAUGGGCUAAACUUUCGCUACGUGUCCGGCGUUCAGAUCUUACGAUCGAAAAAAACAGAUACAGCCACUCAGACGACGAACAGUGGAGACUUUUGGAACGUGGACGAUCACGAACAGGCGUGCGACAUAACACAAGAAAAGUAUAAGCACUUGAGCCUCGAUCAGAUGGAGCGGCCUCUACCAAUGGAGACCUUGAUCGAAAGUGACCAAGAAAGCAUGCAUUAUGACACAGUUGUUCGCUGUUUUGUGAAGCGAAACUCUUGUCCCAUGGAACCGUCAGCCAAAGUUGACAAGGCCAGUCGUGUACUUUUCCCUUUGACGUUUUUGGUGUACAAUAUCGCGUAUUGGUUGACCUACUACUACGAAAUUAGAAUUUUGUCUAAAAGAAUUUAA